CUUUCAGCUGCGAUCUGCCACGACGCGGAGCGCAAACAACCUGUGUGCGCCAACCGCGGUCUAGACGCACCACGCGCGUCUUUUUUUUUUUUUUUUUUUUUUAACUUUUUUAUUUUUCAAUCAUGAAUUCCGUGAGCACAGAAAAUGUGUUUUUAUCCGCUUUACAGCCCAACACCUCCGUCACCACCUACGGGCUCCCGAAUGAUAUCCAAGUCGGGAAUGGGGGCUCCGUGUCGGACGAAAUGUCCAGAGCGCGGCGCGUCCAGCAGCAGGUCCAGAUGAGACUGGCCGAGAAGUCCACACUUCCGCGUCAGAAUGGAUCAGCCACACAUUACGCCAUGUCAGAUUAUGGGGGUUCUUCAACAGUAAAAUACCAAACUUAUAACCCAACUUUCUCCUCUAAAUCAUCAUUCAUGUAUUCCACUGGACCAAGGACAAUGAAUCCACGUGUAUCCCAGAGGUCCGGCUUCACCAGUCAGUCUGUUGGACCUGACCUGUCCCAGCUCCAAAGGAUGAGUAUUGGUGGGGGAGGAGCUGGUGGGGGUGGUUAUUAUCGAGAAGAAACACGCAUGGGUAAUAUGCAAGGGAGCACCCCUCGGGAGUUCCAUUGCAUAUACCCCCUUGGGAGCACCCUUGCAAGGGAGCAGUACAAUCCCUGGACAGAUGACAUUGAUGGAGCAAGUAUGGCGUCUGACCGAGAGGCCACCUUCUCCCGGCAGUACACUCAGAGUGCAGUAAAUGGGUAUUCAAGUAUGAGGCAAGGCGGAGGCUCCAUGACGUUUCCUGCCCCCAUGCGCCGGUCUCUUAGUGGCACACUUUCCCGUGGUAGUGGAGGGAUGGUAGGAGGUGAGACGGAGAUGAUCCAACAUCAGUACUCCUUCAAAGGGCCAGCCCACCGCACCAUCAGCAGGAUUAACAACCGAAACAAGAUGAGCGUGAGCUCUAUGACUGGAUCCAUGCAGCGCCCAUUGUCCUCAGCUGGGAGCAUCUAUGGAGGGGACAGAGUGGACAGAGGUACGUUCAUUGCUUCCGGAGUGUCCUCUGGUUCUCAGGGGAACUUGAUGCAGCGCCAGGGCACCCUGUCCCGUGCCAUGUCAAUGAAAAGUGUUCAGAGCGUGGGCAGAGGCGUAGACAUCUACAAUGGCCAGAUGGAGAUGGGAGCGAGCAUUGGCAACCUCAGUGCUAUCACCGGUUUGGACAUGCCUUCAGCAGUGCAGAACCUGAGGGACCCUGACCCUAAUGUGCAGGUUAUUGGUGCUGCCUACAUUCAGCAUGAGUGUUACAACGACGCCGAUGCCAAAAAUGAGGUUCGCCGUUGCAAAGGCAUCACUGAGUUGGUCAAAUUGUUCAAUAGUGAGAGUCAGGAGGUGCAGCGUUACGCCACUGGAGCCACACGCAACCUCAUCUUUGAGAAUAUGGACAACAAGGUGGCACUGAUCGAAGAGGGUGGAAUUCCACAAUUGGUCGAAGCACUUAAGGAGCCUGAUGAUGAACUCCAGAAAAACAUCACAGGUAUCUUUUGGAACCUUUCAUCUAAGGACACCCUGAAGGAGAAACUGGCCAAGGAGACUCUUCCUGAGUUAACUGAAAGGAUCCUCAUCCCUCUGUCUGGCAGCGACGACUCAGACAGCCUCCAUCAGUCUCCAUCUGAGGCAGACAUAUUCUACAACACCACAGGAUGCCUUAGGAAUCUGAGUUCUGUGAAUGAGAAGACCCGUCAACAGAUGAGAGAAACACGUGGACUUGUUGACUCUUUGGUGGGCUACAUCAGGGCUUCACUUGAUGAAAGGCCAGAAGAUAAGGGGGUGGAGAAUGCAGUGUGUGUCUUGAGGAACCUCUCCUACCAGCUUUACAAUGAGAUACCUCCAUCUGCUCUGACACGCCUGGAAGGACCAACCAGAGCUCAAGACACAGGGAAGGUGGAAGCGAUUGGUUGCUUCACACCUAAGAGCAGGAAAGCCAAAAAUACUAAGAAACUCAACCUCUCCACUUUCACUGAAGUUUCUCGGGUGCCAAAGGGCAUGGAGUGGCUGUGGCACCCUCAGAUAGUGUCGCUGUACAACAGAGUGUUGCACAAGUGUGAGAUCAAUUCCACUACACGGGAGGCAGCUGCUGGGGCCCUGCAGAACAUCACAGCUGGAGACAAGAGGUGGGCUGCUGUACUCAGUCAGGUGGCUCUGGAACAAGAGCACAUGCAGCCUGUGCUGAUGGACCUCCUGCGAACCAACAGUGACCUGGAGCUGCGAUCUAUCACAGGCUUACUCCGAAAUCUGUCCCGCCAUGCCAGGGAUAAAUCUGACAUGGCUACGAAAGUGGUGAACAACCUCCUGACAAAGUUGCCUGAAGAUGGAAACCAGAAGGAGCCUUCCAGUGAGGUGGUGAUCAACAUCUGUGGCAUCCUCAAUAACUUGGUGACCUGCUCCUCUGUCGCUGCCAGAGACAUCACCUUCUUUGACGGCUUAAAUAAACUGGUCGGCAUCAAGAACAGCCACGACAACAGCACCAGUAAAAUAAGAGCAUCCAAAGCAGCGUCCACUGUUCUCUGCAACAUGUUCCAGUACAAAAAACUGCACAAAGAGUACAAAUCGAAAGGGUUUACGAAAGAGGAUUUUGCAGAUGUUUCCAUCUGAAGCAGAGGUAAAGUAGAACACCUCUACAACAGCAAUAUGUCCUGCACUUUUGCAGCACCCUAUGUGUGGGAGUAAAUAAACUGUACAGUUUUCAAAGAUAAUGUAGGCUCAUGUUUAUCUGCCAAACUUUUUGAUAAGACGGAGGACCUACCCAAAGGAAAAGAACUUCCUGUGUAUUAUAACACAAUGGACUUCAAUGCAGUGCAAGUCACUAGAGAUAAUGGAUCCAUAGGAGUGGACUGUUGAUGGACUUUGAUGCAAAAGUGUGCACCUUAAACAUUUACUGUACUCUCAUGUUUGAACACUGUAUAUUUUAGUGUGGAAUCAGGGAUUUCUUUAUUGUGUGAGAGAUGUGUGUAUCUGGAUGUGACUGCAGCAGACAGUUUCACAUUGAACUGCUCAUGGACGUCUCAUUAUUGUCUCAUGUGCAGAAUGAAUGUCAACAAAUCUGGUACUGAUCACGGCAUUUUUGUAAAUACUGCUUCAAUAUUGCAUUAACGAUAUGUUUUAUACAAUAUAGCUCUACUUUUUUAGUUUUUGGAUACACAGCUAUGUUCUUUCAGGAACAUAUUGUUUAUUAAAUAAGUCGAAAUUAUAAUGUUUUAACUGAAUAUACAACAAAAAGACUAAAUAAAGAGGCUGAAAUCUAAUUGUUAAUAAUUUGAUUGAUAAAUCUUGGGAACAUGGUUGUACUUGUUUUAUAAAAUGCUGAUGUGACUUUUGUACUUUAUCAAACACAGCUUCAGAGUUGCUUUGUAACUGUUUAUUUUUCUUUAACAAGCCAUCAUAACUGCAUUUUUUCUGUUGUAAUUAAUAGUUUGUAUGCAUAAAACAGAGGGGUGAAGGAAACAUUCCUUUCUUUACUUUCAACAAAUAUUUGUUAAGCGUGAGGCUUUUUGUUUAUGAAUGACAAAUUGCAAAUUCUUAUAGUGUUGACAUUUGUACUUUACUCUUAAACCUUUUGAAAUUGACAAGUAUAAUAUUUUGUAAUUUGUUUGACAUCUAAGUAUUCAUGCGAAGUUUGCUCCUAAAAAUUCCCAUCUAGUUUCUGCAGCUUUUAAAGCUCUGUGGCAUAACUGGUGACCGAGUUCUUCUGUGUGGUGUUAAAUAAGCACAAGCUGUUUUGUAAUAUUUGAUUUCGUGUUGUAAACAGAUGUAUCAUCUGUAUAUUUUCAGCUAAUAAAGAGACAAAUUCAGAGA